UAUCCCAGGUUUUAGGUGUGAAAUUAGAGCUCUAAUUUGAUUGAAAUCUAAUUACUGUUGGUGGAGGGCUGGUUUGUUUGCUAGAUUGUUAAAUGUUAUUCUUGUGCUUGCUUAAGACCUGAAAGUGGGAGGACACACCCUUUGGAGGUGACAAAGAUAACUCAGCUGUCAGGAGGACAGACUCAUUGUAAACACAGAGAUCAGUAGUGGAGGCUGCUGGGACUUUUCAACAUGUCUGCUGCAAACUACGCAGGAUCUAAGAAGAAGUGCAGUGAUGACACACUCCGGAUUGUUAUGCUGGGAAAGACUGGAGGAGGGAAGAGCGCCUCAGGAAACACCAUCCUGGGAAAAAAUGAGUUCCAGUCGCAAGCAUGUCCAACGUCCUGGACACUUGACUGCAAGAGCGCGGAUGGGGAGGUGUUGGGCAGAAAAGUCAGGGUAGUUGACACACCAGGGCUGUUCGACACCAACUUCCAGGAGGAAAAAGUUUUGAAGAAGAUUGAAAAAUGCCUCUCCAUGAGUGCUCCGGGUCCUCACGUCUUUCUGAUGGUCCUGAAGCUGGGAAGGUUUACCAAGGAAGAGGAAGAAACCAUGAAGAUAGUUCUGAAUAACUUUGGUACAGAAGUUGCUCGAUUUUCAUUACUGCUGUUCACGCAUGGCGACAAACUGAAGAAACAAACUAUUGAGCAGUUUAUUUCAAAAAGCACAGCCCUUGAAGAGUUUGUCUUGGCUUUCUCUAACAGAUAUCACGUCUUCAACAACGAAGUGAAAGAUGAUGAACAAAUCCGCCAACUGUUGGAAAAAAUUGAUGAAAUGAUUCAGGGGAACGAUGGUAGACACUACACUAAAAAGAUGUUUAGGAGAGCAAAACAGGCCUCAAAGAGGAGGAAACGGAGAGCAUCAAAGGCGCUGAAGAGGGAGGAGCAGCAGAGGAGGAACACGUUGAAGUCUGAGGUGGAUAAUGAAAUGAAGGAACUGGGUCGAACAAAGAAACCCAACAAAUGUCGAGUGCAGUGAAAGACUGAGCCAUCCUUCUUUUCAGGGCUAAGGUUGUGUGGAGACAGCUUCUGUUACUUCACAGAUGUUUUUUUCCUUCUUCCUGAAGUUGCUUUGAGUGUGAUGAAGAUUCCCUGAUUUAUUUUUCUUUUUUCCUUGAUAAUUCUAAAUGUGAAUGAAUUAAUGUCAAUCAUUUCUUUUUGCUUGUGUAAUAUAAAUGAACAGACUGAGGUUAACAUAAAGGGGAGCACACAGACAGAAUGAUCUUUAAUCUUUAAGCCUUAGAUAACAUAAAUAAAGAGGUGAAUUCUUAUUUCCCAGAAAAGAUGACAAAUUGAAAUGGAUUAUAGAAAUGUUUAGAUUUGCAGAUAUAUAUCACAUAGUAUUCAGAAAACGUUCAGCCAGAACAAAACACAACUUGUGACCACUGCAAACCACUGUGGUUAACUUAAAAAAAAAUAUAUAUAAAAAACUAUAAGAAUCAUAAUCAAAGCUUAAGCAUUUAAUAUUCAUUUUGAAAUAACGGUCUAAGUUUUAAUAAAGCAUUGGGAAUACAUUGAUAUAUAUGGAUUUUUUUUCAACUUCUGUAAGUAUAUUUCUUUCUGGCUACAAUCAAGUUACGGAAAUGUUGACGAAAUUGACUAUACAACGUGUAUAAAUAUAUAUAUUUUUAAAUGAACAAACUUAUCAAGAACAAUCAAUCUUAAACCACUAUUAACAAAUGAUCUAAUUUAGUCAUAAUUUCUAGAAAAUAAACAUGAAUCAAUGUGUUUAAUUUCAUUUAUUUGUUUUGUGGGAUCUUAGAUAAUUACAGUUUUAUUAGGAAGUUUAUCCUUUUCAGUGAUUCAAAUCCAAAAAAAGCAUGACAUUUAUUCUUUCAGAGAUAUUUUUAAGUGUUUAUUUCUUCUAACUUUAUGGAUUACGGUUAAUAGCCAAUAAAAACACUUAAUGCAGUUAUAGAAAAUGUGAGUAUUGACUAAAACACUGUUUGUAAAUGAAAAUGUUGCCAAAAUAACAAAAAAAAUUACUUUAUAUAUACUUGUAUACAUUCAAUGCAAAAACUUGUUUAUACUUCUUUUAACUCUGUAACACUUUGAGAUCUUGCUGAUAAAAAGUGCAUUGGAAAUCCAAUUUAUCAUUAUUUAUUAUUUCCGUUGCAUUUACCAAAUACAUGAACACAAAGAAUGUUGUUCUUCCGUAAUUGUUAUCUGUUGAUAUUUCUGAUUUUCACAUGUCCUUCAAAACACAAGCAACUGAAUUAAAUACCCUCUCAGUCAUUGUAAUCAAAUCUUUUUCUUCUUUAUUUUUGCUGCAAAGCAGAUGAAAAUUGCUACUCAUGAAAUUUUAUUUUAAUAAUAUGUAUAUUAAA